AUGGCUGGGUCGACUUCGACCGGACUUUCGCUGAAGGUGCUGCGACGCGCAUUCAGCAUGUUCGACUCAAGCAAGCAGGGCCGCAUUGAGAAGGAGAAGGUUCGCACCAUCCUUAACACAAUGGUGCACAGCUACGACGACAAUGAGCUCGACCAGAUAUUAGACAACGAAGACAUCGAUGGCUCAGGAAAGCUCAACUUCGACUCUUUUGUACGAGUUGCAACCCACUUCUUGGAUGAGGAUGAUGAAGCUCUGCAGAAAGAACUUAAAGAAGCUUUCAGGCUUUACGAUAAAGAAGGUAACGGAUACAUCCCGACAUCGAGUUUGCGCGAGAUCCUAGCCGCACUAGAUGACCAGCUGACUCCGGACCAGCUCAACGAAAUGAUCGCAGAAAUUGACACCGAUGCUUCUGGAACUGUUGACUUUGACGAGUUCAUGGAAAUGAUGACUGGCGAUUAAGAAACAAAUGAAUACAGAGAAAUAUGAAAAAAAUAUUUAUAAAAAAGUUUCUAGUCAUGCAAUAAA